AUGUCUGGAGAACCUCGUGUGGACAAAACUGGCACUCAAGCCGGGGAGACGCCGAUGUCUCUCGACUCAUCUACUUCCAGUAGAAUGGCCGCUUACUCUAGAGGACUAAAAACAGACGUCUUCUAUCAUCUCGGCUUGGACACAGACAUGGAUCUACAUGCUACCUUCGGUAAUGUUAAAUUCUUUGUACUCAUGGGGUCAGCCCAGAGAGCCGAGUACUUCGCCGAAGCUAUGGGGAAUGCAUUAGUCUCUAAAGGAAUGCCCAAACCUGUAGUUGAACGUCUAGGUAAGACAGAGCGCUACAGCAUGUAUAAGGUUGGACCUGUUGUCUCCGUCUCCCACGGGAUGGGUGGUCCCUCAAUCCACAUCCUCCUCAAUGAACUUGCUAAGCUUUGUGACCGCGCGGGUAUCGUAGACUCCGUGAAGUGGAUCCGUAUGGGUACUUCUGGUGGAUGCGGAGUACCUCCUGGCACUGUGGUGGUAACAACCCAAGCCAUGAAUGAUGAGGUGGAACCAUACUGGAGGUGUGUCCAGCUUGGCAAAGUCGUCAAGAUCCCCACCGAUUGUGUGGAUAUGAAGUUCGUGGACGCUAUAUUGGAAUCUGUGCCCGACAACAUCAAUGCUGUUAAAGGGAAGACUAUGGCAGCUAAUGAUUUCUACGAAGGACAAGGCCGUCUCGAUGGGGCACUCGAGACCUGGUACAACGAGGAUGACAAGAUGGCCUUCAUGAAGCGCUUGUACGACGCUGGUGUUCGCAACAUUGAGAUGGAAAGUGUUGCCAUGAUGGGCUUCUGUAAUCGUGCUAAUAUCACGGGAGCAUGUGUCUGUGUCACCAUCGUUGAUCGUCUAAAGGGUGAUCAGAUUACAGCCACCAAACGUGAACUUGCUCGCUUCAAUGAGCACUCGACUGAUGUCGUGACCAACUUCAUCGCAAGUGAACUCAAAAAGUCCGGAUGUUAAUCUCUCCGGUAGGCCAUAAUCUUGAUAACCUGUCUUCGUCGUACACGGGGAUUAUAAUAGUCGGAUUUCUCUCCAUUGCUAAGUUGCUUAUGUUGAUAACACGGCGU